AGAGCCAGAUCUAUUUGAAACAAUUGUUCGGCUUGAAAGCAACGCAGCCUCCUAUAGUCGAACGGCCAUCGAGCAGCGAAAUGGCACUCGAACAGAUCGACAUUCUAAUGAAUGCCUCCUCGGUAGAGCUUCCCAAUCCCAUGCAGCACUUCGAACGCUUUGCGUUGAAUAAUCUAGCGGUACAGCGCAAAGGUCUGUUUCAAAACAAAAAGCUACCUCAGGACAGCCUCCUCUGGCUUGAAAGCCCACUCGCCGAUGUCACCUUUUUGCCUCUUGACAAAGGACUGCACCACCUCGCUGCAUGUACAUUCAAGGUCCUCUUGCGUCUCUGUGGCGAGCACACAAAGCCAGUCUUCUAUCCAAAGCCACCGGCUGUGGCCAUUGGCUACAAGGCGGACGGCAAGCAGGCAAGCAAAGUUGCCAUAGGCGCUGUCGUGUCCGCCAUGCGAUUUUCGCAGGUGCGUCAAAGCCCACUCCGUAAGCGCGACUAUAUCCGUCCCUCUCGAAAGGGGCAGGCUUCUACGAUCCUAGAGGAGCAGAAGUGGUUAUUGGAGGUAGGCAUCAGUACGCCUGACCUGAGAGAUGAGAUCUUCUGCCAAUUGAUUACGAGGCUGAGCAUGGCCGCUCCUCCUGCAUCUAGGGCGAAAGCUUGGCGUUUUCUUGGUGUGGUACUAUCGGCAUUUGUACCGUUCAACAAGCAGCUUUUGGACGCCUUGAUGGACUUCAUCAGAGAUACCUACGAGCACGAAGCUGAAGAUGCGACGAUCGCUGCUUUGGCCAGUCACGCAGAAAAGAAAGCCAUCAUGUUCACGAGAAAGCGACUCAGACGCAGGUCCACUAUGUUUGCUGCUCCUGGUCUGCUGGAUGUCGAAAGAUCAUGGGAAGAAGCAUCAACGUCGGAAGUCUUCGGCCAGUCUUUGGCGCACCUAAUGAUCAUACCGGCUCCGGACUUCCCGCCGACCACCGGUGUUCCGGCCGUACUGCCCUUUCUCUUCUCUCGGCUCGUAGUGUACGGAGGUCUUCAAGUCGCUGGAGUCUUCCAAGCACCAGGCGAUGCGGCAAUGUCGCGGGUACUGAAGGCGAAACUCGAUCAAGGCCUGUUGUCUUUCAACGACUGCGUCGCGGGCGCAGAGAAGCAUGCAGCUGUGCUACCGCUUGCCACCUUGAUUGUCACCCUCUUUGAGGAAUUGGAGGAUCCAUUGAUCCCUCAAGGCCUGUACAACCACUGCCUUGAGGCUGCUUCGACUGAUAAUCUCAAAGCCAUCACCACGCUGGUGGGCAGCGUCCUCUUGCCCGCCAUCAACAGAAGGGUCCUGCUGUUCCUCAUUGCAGCCCUGCAAGGCUUCUGUGAGGAGGAAGUGAUCAAGAAGACGGAAGCUGACGCGCAACUCCUGUCGAAGUGCUUCGGGCCUGUGAUACUUCGGUAAGUGUCUAAGAGACUUGAUACAGAAGUGACUGCGCCAUCAUCACCACUGAUGGGCUCAUCCUGCCCGUCUCUGCGUCCCAUUAUUCCUCAUUCUUGGAUGCAGCUGUCCCUCACUAGACUCAAGAGUCGUGCAGACUAAUGCGAAAUUCGAAUCUCGCUUCUUCUACAUUCUCCUCAGCAGGAUGGACUGCAGUCAAAUCGAUGACGAGUACGAUCCCAGGGAUGACCUGCCGCCAAAAUUGAAGUUGAAUGGGCUUGGGAGGGGGAUCUAGGUGAGAGUGUAAGCCAAAAAAGGAUCAAGGGUGGCUCUCCUUCUGAGGGGAGGACCUAAAUGGCGAUGUAGA